AUGAUGAUCCUUGAGCAGUGCUUCCCAGCCUUUUCAGACUGUCAGGCUGCCUCUCAGGCUGGUUUCGAUCAGGUCAAUAGCAUCUAUACACAGGCCGCGUCUUUGCAUGCGGAAGAAUUCCUGCAGCUGCAGCGGGAAAUCGAGCGUGCGUUAGAUCAAACUAAGAUGGACUGGGAGAACGGCCGGUGUCAGUUGGAGCAAUAUCAAUAUGAUGUUGAACGAUGUUCCCGCCAGCUGGAGGAUGCUUCUAAUGCUCUCCGUCAAGCACACGACAACGUGCCUGACAUCGGCAACGACAUUGGGAAGGCGUUCUUUUUCUUGGGGCCGGCUUGGGGUGAGAUGGAGAAUAAUCAUCGGAGAGUUGAAGAAGCCAGAAAUAGAGUGAAUGCUGCGCAAGAUCAACUUCAGAAUUCCCACCAGGCUCUCAUGCAGGUUGUAAACCAACAAAACGAACUCAACACUAGGCGUGCCGCCAUUGAACAAGUGGCUCAACAGCUUCCUGUCCUCCAGGCAACAGCUGAUGCGCUUAACAAGCAGUCCGCUGCACUCUUGGCUGGAUUCACUGAGCUCAGGGAGAAGACAACACAGCUAGCACUCGUCAUGAACGACAUGAGGAAUGGGGCCAGAGACACGGGUGCCCAAUCGUGGGAUAAGGAUAGGUUUGCUGAGGGCAUUCUCAGACUUUGCCAGAUGGCACUUAUCGACGGUCGUGUUUGUGACGAAGUCGAGACCAUCACCAAUGAGAUUUCCAGUGGGUAA